AAUUAGUACUAAUGGAGCUGUUUUAUGAUGCUAAAGCUGUAAGAUUUAGAAGCCAUUUAAACAAAUACUUAGUAGCUGAUGAUGAUCAAAGAACUAUCCGGCAAAGCCGGAACGGCUUAUCGAGAAAAGCUCGGUGGCUGGUGGAGCUUGCAGACCCCGAAAACAGCCACCUUAUACGGCUGAGAAGUAGCUCCGGCAUGUACCUCACUGCUUCUGACGAGCCGUUCCUUUUGAGCCUAACAGGAGAAAAGAAGGUUCUUCAAACAUCACCGGAAAAUAUGGAGGAUGUGAAGGUUAUGUGGGAACCAUUAAGGUAUGGAUUUCAAGUGAAGUUAAGAGGUUAUGGAGGAAAAUUUUUGAGUGCAAGUGGAGGGACACUAAGAUGGAGCAAUAGAGUUACUCAUGAUAGUCCUCAUAGUGCUACUACACAUAAUUGGAUUUUGUGGAAUGUUGAACCUGUCGAUGUACCGGAAGAUGAGUCGUUGACGGAUUAUUUGACAAUGGUUUCAAACUUUUCAUCGGUUUCCGAUGAACUCUCUACCUUAGAUUUGGGUUCUCCCAUGUCUAUGCAUUCAAGUCUCUCUUUCUCACCUAAGAGUCCUCUAACUAGAAGACCAGCAAUGGAGAUUUUCCAAAAAGCAAAAGCCGUUCGUCUACAGAGUCGCCAUUACAAGUACUUAACAGCUUUGGAAGACGGAGAAUCCGUCACCCAAGACCGUAAUGGCGCUUCACAAAAUGCAAAAUGGACUGUUGAAUUUGUCGAGAAAACUGACAAUGUUAUCCGCCUAAAAAGCUGUUAUGGCAAAUACCUCACAGCAUCUAAUCAGUCUUCUCUUCUUGGUAUGACUGGUCGGAAAGUCCUGCAGACUCUGCCUAAUCGACUCGAUUCUUCAAUUGAAUGGGAACCCAUCAGAGAAGGGAAUCAAGUGAAGCUUAGGACUCGAUAUGGGCAAUUUUUGAGGGGUAAUGGUGGAAUUCUUCCAUGGAAAAACACUGUGACUCAUGAUAUUCCUUAUCAGACAGCUACACAAGAUUGGGUACUUUGGGAUGUUCAUGUUGUUGAAAUCUUGGGUGAUUCCUCUGUUGUUCCUAAGAGGCCAUCACCAUUAGGUCUUCCUUCAGAUUCAUGUGCUUCUGAAUCUACAUCUACCUCUGUUGUUUCCUCAGAAUCCUCAAGCUUAUCUAGACAAGAGUCAAGUGAUUCAUUUGCUAAGUUGGGAGAUGGGAGGUUUAUAUUUUACUAUAUUGCUGAUGAAUUUGGAGAAAUUGAUGAGAAAAUGGAGGAACUUUGCAUAACCUUUGAUGGAAAUACUGUUGAGGAGCUAACUAAGACGUUGGAGGAUGCAACAGGGCUUGACGAAAUUAUUGUGUGCACUAAGAGUCCUUUGAAUGGGAAGCUUUAUCCUCUCAGCUUGCAACUUCCACCCAACAAUACAACUAUGAAUGUUGUUGUAUUGCCAUCUUCAUCUAAAGCUAUUACUCCAGAUUCUCUUUCAGACCAUAUGUCCAGCAUACCCGAGUUGAAUGGUUCGAAUUUCAGUGAAUGGAAGGAGCAAUUACAAAUUACUUUGGGAUGUUUGGAUUUAGAUUUGUGUUUCAGAAUUGAUGAACCUUUGAAAGAAUGUGCCAACUAUGCUACUUGGGAACACUCCAACCAGUUGAGCCUCAUGAUCAUGAAGAGUAAGAUUGCUAAGAAUAUCAACAAAUCAAUACCAGAUUCUACUCGAGCAAGAGAGUUCUUGGCAUCUGUUGAGCAACAAUUCAAGGCUUCCGAUAAGCCAUUAAUAGGUACACUCAUGGAAAUAUUUACGACUAAGAAAUACAAUGGGACUAGUGGUGUGCGCGAGCACAUAAUGGAAAUGGAUGAUAUGGCAGAACAACUUAAAUCAAUGGAUAUGACCAUUUCAGAAUCCUUUUUGGUGCAAUUCGUUCUCAAUUCUCUUCCUUCUCAAUUCGGUCCAUUUAAAAUUAGCUAUAACACAAAUAAGGAGAAAUGGACCAUGGAUGAACUCAUUGUGAUGUGUGUUCAAGAGGAGGAACGAUUAAAGAGAGAAGGAUUGCUAUCGGUUCACUUAGCAUCACAAGGUCAUAAAGGAAAAGGACCAAAGGAAGUGAAACAAAAGGGAAAGAGAUCACCAAAUCACGGAAAUCUGAAGUGCUUCUUUUGCAAGGAGAAGGGACACUUGAAGAAGGAUUGUCCGAAACGCAAGACUUAGUUUGAAAAAAACGGUUGGUUACAACCUGAGACCUAGAGUGAAAAUAUUCUCAUGGGGAAUAAAGCUCCUUCAAUUAAUUCUAUAGAGACUGAUAGCUAAUUUUCAGUAGUAAUUAUUGACAAAGUUCGAACAAUAUCUACCUAUUGUAUUGCUUAUAUUUCUAGAAAUUUUGUUUCUUUGCCCUGAUGAUCAAGGAUAUUAUGCUAAGUUCGGAAAUAAA